GCGUCAAAUGCUGAUACCCGCAUGAGACCCUAUCGAAGUAUGGGGUCAUCUCUGCUGGUGGCUUCGGGGUACACUCGUAGCUUCCGCCGCUGCCCCUGACCACAUGAGCGAAUACGACCGAGGAAGCCCCGCAAUUAUACAAGACGAUGGUUGCAGUCAAUCCAGUCGAAGAUGAUGCUGAGGUGCUGGUGGCCGACAUUGACCGGGAUGGCAAUGUGCAGAGUCAUGGAACAUCGUACGAGGAUCUUGGCUCAGCUGACCAUAGUCUGCAACCCAAGUCUUGCAAGAAGAUAUCUGCGUGCUGCAGGUCGCAAAAGAAAAACUACAUUGUAUGUGGCGUUGUCUCUCAAGACCCAAUCUUCUGGAAUUCUCCCUUUCCAAUCGGUGCUUCUCCGGUUUCCGGCAAUCUGGCCAAACGCGUCCCUGCGACACGGCUCGCAGUCCGUGCGCGGAGUUUCUCGCUACCCGCAGAGAGAGCGGGCUUCGAGAGGCCCGCUCCAGAUCUGGAGGAUGAGCCGCAUCUUGGAUGAACCGAGGAUGCGCUCGUAUUGCGCAACUGGUCUCGUCGCGUCCACUUGUACUUGGGGUCUGUCAGAAGAUGUGUCAAGGCCAAGGAUCGCCACCAAGAUUGUUGAUGGAGACAGGCAUCAGCUGGUAUUGGCAAAGUCGGCGAGCUGGAGCCUCGAGCCUGGCGUGACGGAUCAGCGGGCAGUCGAACUAAGCAAGGGACGGUGGUGUGUAGCCUGAGAACGGCAGAUUGCAUAUAGAGCAAAAGAGGAAGUACA